AGCAAACAAUUUCCAGGCCCGCCGCGUCCAGCCCGAAAUAUGGGGAAAAAAUUACAGAAAAAUCGGAGAACACUGUAAAGGGUGGAAACGGGGCGCAGAGGGGAUGCUGAGGCUCCCGCGACCAGUAAAAAUGGGAAGUACUGGAUUCUGGUUUCCUCCAAGAAGAGUCAGCGGAACUGGUUAAGACCAAAAUCUGAGGACUUUAGUGGGCAAACAUCAGUCCCCUUUUGCUUUCUUUUACGACCACAUGAAACUUGAGAAGCCAUCUAAAGCUAAAUCAUUUAGUGGAGUUGGGCAAUUCCCAAGUGUCCAACAAGAAGGCCUGGUUUAGGCUGCGAUGGCCACUGUCAUUCCUGGUGAUUUGUCAGAAGUAAGAGAUACCCAGAAAGUCCCUUCAGGGAAACGUAAGCGUGGUGAAACCAAACCAAGAAAAAACUUUCCUUGCCAACUGUGUGACAAGGCCUUUAACAGUGUUGAGAAAUUAAAGGUUCACUCAUACUCUCACACAGGAGAGAGGCCCUACAAGUGCACACAACAAGACUGCACCAAGGCCUUUGUUUCUAAGUACAAAUUACUAAGGCAUAUGGCUACUCAUUCUCCUGAGAAAACCCACAAGUGUAAUUAUUGUGAGAAAAUGUUUCACCGAAAAGAUCACCUAAAGAAUCACCUACAUACACACAAUCCCAACAAAGAGGCCUUUAAGUGUGAAGAAUGUGGAAAGAACUACAAUACCAAGCUUGGGUUCAAACGUCACCUGGCUUUGCAUGCUGCAACAAGUGGUGACCUCACCUGUAAGGUAUGUUUGCAGACUUUUGAAAGCACAGGAGUGCUGCUGGAGCACCUAAAAACUCAUGCAGGCAAGUCAUCGGGUGGAGUGAAGGAGAAAAAGCACCAGUGUGAACACUGUGACCGUCGGUUCUACACCCGAAAGGAUGUCCGCAGACACAUGGUAGUGCACACUGGAAGAAAGGACUUCCUCUGUCAGUACUGUGCACAGAGAUUCGGGCGCAAGGAUCACCUCACGCGCCACAUGAAGAAAAGUCACAACCAGGAACUUCUGAAGGUCAAAACAGAGCCAAUGGACCUUCUAGAUCCCUUUACCUGCAAUGUUUCUGUGCCUAUUAAGGAUGAGCUGCUUCCAGUGAUGUCUUUACCUUCCAGUGAACUGACAUCAAAGCCAUUUACAAACACUUUGCAAUUAAAUCUCUACAACACUCAGAUUCAGUCCAUGCAGAGUUCUGCAUCUGCACACCAAAUGGUUGCCACAUCGUUACCAUUGGGAAUGCCUUGUCCAAUAGAUAUGGAGUCUGUCCACCCUUCUCACCAGCUGUCGUUGAAAUACCCACUCGGUACUACCUCAUACUCAAUUUCUAUGCCUGAAAAAGAACAGCCAUUGAAAGGGGAAAUUGAAAGUUACCUAAUGGAGUUGCAAAGUGGUAUGCCUUCUUCAUCCCAGGAUUCUCAAGCAUCUUCAUCAAAACUAGGGCUGGAUCCACAAGUAGGGCCACUAGAUGAUGGGUCUGGGGAAGUUUCCCUUUCCAAGGGCUCCGUUCCUAUUAGUGAACCUCUAAAUGCCCCAUCAUUGGACUUUUCUCAGCUGUUCAACUUCAUACCUGUAAAUGGCCCUCCCUAUAAUCCUUCUGUUUCAGUGGGAAACCUCGGGAUGAGUUAUACGCAAGAGGAGGCACAUUCUUCUAUGACUCAACUCCCGCCACAAACCCAGGAUCCACAAGAUCCUAGCAAUAGUAUAGGUCUUGGGUCUCUGCACUCAUUGUCAGCAGCUUUCACAAGCAGUCUAAGCACAACCACCACCCUACCACGAUUUCAUCAAGCUUUCCAAUAGGAUGUACAAAGCUGGCUUGUUAACUGUCUAUUUGUAGAAAUGCCUUAGGUGACCAUUUUUAACUUAGUGCCUACUAUAAGACAUUAUGAAUUCUCUGCUUUUGUACAGUACCAAUCUCAUGAAGCCAGUAAGAAAUUUAAAUUAACUUUUUUAAAAUGUUUUGAAAGUGUUUAUUUUCAGCUGUGUUUACUUUGGUUUGUUGUUUUUUUUUUUAAACAGUCUCAUUGUAUUGUUUUCAUUUUCACUGCCAAUUUACACAUUUAAAAUGUUCAGUAGAAAGUCGUCCCAAGCAAACUCACAACACUCAUCCCGUUUUUAAAACUUUUUCAACCAUAGCAGCUAGUCUGUUUUAUUAAUGUCAGUGGUAGAACUGCCACUUUUACCUUUUAAUAUAUUCUACUAUUUGCAAAUAAUCCAUUUAAAAUAUGUAUCACAAGGAUUCCUGAGAUUUGGGAAAAUAAAUCUGCAUUCUGUUUCCAAACAAAUCCUCUUCCCAAAUGGUGACACACCUGACCUGUUCUAUAAUGACAAAUCUAAAUUUUUAAAAUUAAUAUAGAAUUCAGAUUUUUCUGAAAACUUGUGUGUGUAUAUAUAGAAGUCCAUAUAUACACAUGUACAUAUAUAUAGCAAUUUGACUUGUAUUGAAGUCAUUAUAAAAGUUGUUAAGAAUUUUGCCAUUUUCUGGCUUAAAUUUUGGUGGCCUGUUAUGGAUAACAGAAGAAAAAAAAAAUUAGUGUAAUUCUCUAAAAUUAGGGCUGAACAGAAUUUCAACAGAGAAUCUCUGCUUGCCUAAAUGACAGAUGUUUCAAGUUGAAUUUGAAACUGUUGUUGUGCUUUCGUGACUCUGGUAUAGGGAAACAGGCAAAAUUAAUGGCUGAUCUUGAAAUAUAAAAGUGUUGUUACGUAGUAAUGCAGAAUAUUUUGUCGCAGUUUUUGUUUGAAUUCUUAACUUGCUGUUUUUGUCUCUUUAGUAGCAUAGAGAGAGUACUGCAUAGGAACCUUCCAGUAGUGUGUUCACGUUUGUAGGCAUCAGUCUUCUCCCCGCUGCCACCGCCAAAGGGUGGAUCAAGUCCAGCCAGAAAGUGUGUACCUAUUUUCAGUUCAAAACUAGUGUGCAGUCAGAAAGUGAAUGUAAAUUUGCAACUACCGGUUUGUUUUGUUUUGUUUUUAUUGGAGUGAUCUUUUCAGUUGUGUUACAUGGUGUGUUAUGUCCUCCUAAGCAACAAGUUAGAUGUUAAUCACACUUUCUACACCUGGGUACUUGGUUAGGGACUUUUUGCCCAUUGCCAAGAUUUAAAGACAGGACUCUUAGGAGUGAAGUAAAAGCAUAUUGCUUACACCACUUUUACCUAAUGCAAUAUAUAUUCUAUUCCCCAACCCCUAAUAACCAAAAGAGGAAAAAAAAACGCUAAAAAAACCAACCAACCCUGUGAUGCAUAAAAGCAAACUAGAUUUGCUGUAAUUCAACAAUAACAUAAUUUUCCUUGUCAUUUUUGUACAAGGAAUUAAAAAAUGGAACUCAAGUACAUUAGUAUCUCUCAACCUAUGAAUAAUGAGAAUUCAUACAAGGUUUUAAGUGGUUAAACUAAAUAUACUUCACAGAAACAAAAGUUGCUCCCAUUUAAGGAGCUCAUGCUCCAGAUGUUUUAUCAGUAGCUCCUACUGUUUUUUUUAAUGCUAGGAGCAAUAUGCAGGUGUAGUUUUACUAUUUUAUACAUACUUGUAUUUAAAUUUUAUUACUGAAAAAUAACAUUUUUAUAAAUGUGUUUGUGUUCCAAAGGCAUUAAAAUAAGGAUGUAUUAAUAAGGAAAAU